GGUACCACCAGUGCGCGAGCUUAUAAAAGGCCAGUGUCCGGCAGCGUGGAGAGCAAUCGGGCGCGAGAAACCCCACAAAACAGAAGCUCCUCCCCCCUUAUAAUUAAAAUAAAUCAAAGACCAUGUCGCUGGCAAUCGACAGUAAUUUUUCCCUCGGCAUAUACUUGCUGCUAGUGGUGCUCGCCGUUCUGGCCUCCUGUCCCACGACGGAUGGUAUGCACCUGGUGGAGCGUCACGAAUCAUACGAUAUCGGUUCAGAGAACCGGCACAGUGGCAGUACGGAUAUUGAUGCCGUUCCCCUCAUCCGGCGGCGCCGCCAAAUGUCCGACUGGCUGAUCGCCCCCAAUACGCGCUGGUGCGGACGCGGGAACCUGGCCAACGGCACCUACAACGACCUCGGCGGCGCCUCCAAGGCCGACAAGUGCUGCCGGAAGCACGACCACUGCAAGAUGUUCAUCGAUGGGAUGUCGAAUCGCUAUGAUCUCUUCAACUAUCGCCCCUAUACGCUUUCCCACUGCAACUGCGACUUGCGGUUUCGCACGUGCUUGAAGAUGGCCGGUGACGAAGAUGCUAAUGCAAUUGGCAAACUGUUCUUCAAUGUCGUCCAGACCCAGUGCUUCGGUUUGCGCACGGAGACUGUUUGCACCGAGCGAGGCGGAAGCGGCAAGGAGUCAGAUCCUUGCUUGAAGGAGGAGGUGCGCCACAAGGCGUUCCUGCGCAAUAACAAGCGCUUCUAAACGAGCUGAAGUAUCCAGAAGUGAAGCUGCCGGAAUUGGGGUCUCCCGAAGACAGCUGCCACAGGCAGAAACCAGAAAGUGUUGCAAGAGGAAUGACAUUCCAAAAACCACCAUGGACUGACAAAAUGGUGGAGCAGCGGGAACUGGCACCCUGGCGAGAGGCACCCCUAUGUAUUAAGCUAUAUAGCCACCACACACUCACACCACUCAACCACAAACAUGUACUAUUUUCGCGACACUCAUGUGCUAUUAUAGUGCGUAGUUGUCGCCGUAGUCACACAAUCUAGUUUAGGCCACCGCAUCAAAUAUAGGCUGCCAGAAACUUAAAGUUUUAAACUAGCCGUAGACUGUAGAGUUUAGACUGUAGCUUCGUAGAUACCCUGUAACUACCAUCUAUAAUCGAAUAAGUAGACGUAGAGCUGUAGUAAAUAAAAUAAAUGUCCAAAGAUCAAAAGCA